UAUUUACUCAUACAAUAACUUAACUUUACAUACAUCUAACAAAAUUUUAUUAGCCUUCUGGAACUAUAGCUCUAGUUCGUUUAGUGUUGGCAGAGACGUGUUGGUGAUGUAAAUAGUUUGUUUAAGCUUUAGUAUAGAAUUAAUGUAAAAAAAUAUAGAAUACAUUGAGUUUCUUAGAUAUAGAAAGUAUUUGAUGAAAAAAUAUGAAAGCCUGACGUUUUACUGGCUGUCUCUGACACUGCUAAUCUAUUUCACUGAGUUAUAGUAUAUAUUUUGCUUACGUUCAAGAAAUAACAUUUCUUUCUACUGGAUAAAUUUGAUAUAUACACAAGCAUACUUUCAAAAUUAAAAUGGAAACAGUAGAUAUUCAGGCAAUGGAAUCAAAAUUAAGUGAUGUAACCGUAACAGCUAUUCCAAUGAACAAAAACUCAAAUACUGUAAUACAACCUUCUCAACCCAUAACAAAACAAGAUCCAGGACAGUCAAAAUAUGCACAACUUUUAGGGGUAAUUGAAGAAAUGGGCAGAGAAGUUAGACCUACAUAUGCUGGGAGUAGAAGCUCAGCCGAACGUUUGAAAAGAAAUAUUGUUUCAGCUAGAAUAUUAGUCAGAGAAUGCUUGAUUGAGACUGAGAGAAGUGCUAGACAGUAGAUAUAGUGCAUAAAAUGGCUCAUACAUUAUUUUUAAAUAAGUACCGUCCAAAGAAUGAGGUAAUAUAUUUGUAACAGUAAUUCUUAAUCUUACCAAUACCUACUAAUUUUCCAUUUAUAGAAUAUUCCUAUGAAAGUUAAAAUACGUUUUUACCAUUUGUUAUUGUUUAAAUAAGUUCCAACAAUAGUUAUUUAUGUACAAUAUAUACAAAGCUGGAAAUGUGACUUCAGUGCUGAGCUAUUUUUUUAAGGUUUUUUGGUAAAUUACCAAUUGAUAAUCUUCAAAAUUAAGUAUUAGUUAUAACAGUAUUUCCUAAGAGCAAUUGAAAUACUUUGAUCAUUUCUAAUUUCAGUACUCAUUAAAAUGAGUAUACAAGCCAAAAUAAAAAAUAACCCAGCCCAUGAUUUCUUAAUUACAAUUUGGAAACACUUUAAUAUGAAUAUAUCAAAACAUGUUGUUUUUUUAUAAUGGAACCAAUUUUAUUUAAACUUUCUUAAAUCAGUUGUUACCUAUAUAAGCCUAAGUUGAUUUUAAAAUUACCAGCCCAUUCAAGUGGCACUAAGUAAAAAAGUAAAUUACUGAUAUUUAUUUUUUUGUUUCUGUACCAAGAUUUGGCCUAAUUAAGUGGACGCCUUGAUUAACUGGUGGACCAACAAAGCAGAAUAGACUGUGUAACUGAAACUAAGAAAACUAAAGUGAGCUUUUUCUAUAAUGUAUUCUUUAUAAUUUAUUAUAAGAGUACAAAAAUACAAAGACAUGAUAACAGCAUUAACUUCUGUGAAAAUUUACACAAUGCUUUUAUACUCUUGCAAUAAUAAUCAAAAUUAUAGAGUUUAUAAAAUACAUGUAAGUGCUUGGUUAUUGUAUUUUUAAAGUUGUUCUGUUACACUGAUAAUAUAGAGUGGAUGUAUUUUAAAAUUGUAAGCAGUCAAAAUUUAAAUAUUUUAAAACUUAGUAUUUUCUAUGGUAUAAUUUAAUUUUAUUAUUUUCAUAAUAUUCUGAAUACUGUAUUAUAUGCAUUUGUCAAAAGUCAAAUUUAACAAUCAAGCUGUUUUGUUUACAAGAAUUUCUUGAAUUAGUUUUGCCAGUGAUGUAAGUAUGUGAUAUUUCCAAAUAAAAAUGAAUUUAUCAGGUAUACAAACAGUACAAAUAAUUACAAGUUAAGUAACAGAGAUAUAUCCUACUAAUAGCUACGAUAUUUCACUUUGUAUCAAACGUUUUUAUAAUAUUAUACAAUUACUUGUUAAAAUAGUUAGUUUCAUAUUGUAAAUUGUUGUAUAUAAAUAUAUAUAUUUAAUUUUUUAUGAAACAACCUAAAUUGAACCCACUUAUGACAUAAGGAAAAAUUUAUCUUUUUGUUUCAUUUUAUUCCUUUUUUAUAGUUGGGAUCAUUUCUAAUUAUAUUCCGUUUUCAAUGAUUCUUCAAAUAAAGUGUGUUCUUAUUAUUGUUUUUUUUUAUUCCUUGUGCCCACAGAAAAAACUUAAUUUUUAAAAAAUGACACUAGGGGAGGUGAAUCUUUACCCAUACCUCAUUUUUAUUUAGCAUCAAUUAUCUACUGUGUUAGUUUUUAAGUUUUAUUUGGUCCUGGUUUAAUUUUUUGGUAUUUCUCAAAUUAUAUGCAGUUAUUCAUAUUGUUAUGUCUGUGGAAUUAGCUAGUUCAAACUUAUAUUUGAGAAUUGAAGAGUUUUGCAAUGGUAUGGUAUUAAGGAACAUUGCAAGUGCAAUUUUUAUUCGUCAUUUUAAAAGACAUAAAUUCAUUUCAAGUAAAGAUACACACUCCAAUAAAGUAAUACAAAAUUUUGAUCUGAUAUAAAUAAUAUAAUAUUUAAGUUACAAAAUUUUAAAUACAUAUUUGUGUAAAUUAUGUAAUUAGAACAUACCAUACACACAUACAAUAAAAUAAUCCAGACACAUCCAGUAAUUUAGAAGAGUUAAACUUAGGGUUGCCAGAUUUACAAAAGGAAAAAGCAUGGCAUCGAUGACAACAGGGGAUUAUAUAAAACAGGUCCUUUUUUCUGGAGAAAUCUAAAAAAGAAGGUCUUGUCUCUUCAAAAAUUAUUUAUAAGUUUGGAUUUAAAAAGCAUAACAUUUGAGUAAGGGUCGAUCUUUUCACCUCUGAGUAAAGUUACAUGUAAAGCAUGGUAUUUAGGCAAGUGUUGCAUUUGAAUACUUUGGCAUGGGGUGUGGCAGCAAAUAAAAAAGCAUGGCAAUCAUGUCUAAAGCCUGGCAUCUGGCAAUCCUACUUAUCCCGGAAGUACACAUGUCAGUCAAAAGGACAGAGUGUUGAUAAAUUCAGUAGUAACACCCCUGGUAUAAUGGUGGUGGUAUUGACCUUCUGAGAAAACUCAAGGCAGUUUUUCUACUACUGGCUGGUGCAACAAUAUUUGUUUUUAUUUGGCACAGUAGUUAUUAGUUCCUCAUCUGACUGCAAAAAGUGACACAUCAUGUUUUUUCUUGUCAUUUGUAUUUGGGUACAGGGAAAAGGGGUGAACAACAUGUACUAUGUCCCAGUGGUGAGAGUUGUCCUGAAACCUGUCAAAUUCAAAAUAUUUAUUAUGAAUUUUUUCUGGCAAUGACAUAAUUUACUUCUAGGUGUCUAUAACAAUAAAAUCUCUUUGCAAGCGUUUUUUGUCAUCUGGUUUUGUUACUUUCGGUGUAAGUGUAGGAAUUUCCCUACAUCAAUAUUUAUUUAAAGUAAACAGAAACUCAAAAAUGUGAAUACAGUUAAAUUGACUAUACAUGUGUAAUAAAGUACUGCCAGGUUAAACUACAUUUUAGUAUUCUAGUCUAAACAAAUUGUUUUUAGUUAGCAGUAUACAGUACAUUUUUUAAUUUCUAAAGAAUCUGAUUCCCUAAUACAUUAUUGAAUUUAGCACAUAUAAAUAUUAUGUAUAAUCUUGUCUGCAUCACUGUUUUUAUAAGUAUAUUUGCAAUUUGAAUAAUUUUUCAUAUAUAUAUACCAACUGGUUUAGUGAUAAGUUGCUACUUGCCACCUAACUACAUUUAAUGACUGCUUUUACAAGCCCUAAAUUACUGGAUAUAACUGGCUUUAAAUCACAUUAGAUUUAAAGGAUGACAUCUUAGAAAUAACUAUACUUUGUCUUUUAUUAAUACAAUUAAUCACAAAUAAAUCAUUAACUACUGGUUGCCCGUUCUUCAGCUGGAGAUUCAUUAGUUGUAUGAACUGUCACAGGUGGUAAAUAAUAUGAUUUUACCAGGCUAUGUAAUCUAGCGACUUCCGCAUCUUCUCGUUCCAAACAACGUAACAUUUGUGUAAAUUUUAUAAUCGCAUCUCUUCCUUCGGGAUAACCAAAUUCCCUAAUUAUUUCCAUUUGUAUUUGCAUUACUAUUGGAAAUAAAAAUUGCAUCAUUUUUAACAUCUCAUUCCCUACAUUAUCUCUAGCUUCUUCAAGCUUUUGAACAUUUUCUGUAGAUUGUAAUUCUUCUAAAGUUUUAUUAAGGAUUUCACGUGCUGUAUCAACUGUAAGUAUUGGUAUUGUUUCAGAUUUGGACAUUUUCUUUUACAAUAUUUUUAAGUAUAUCAAUUAUCAAUAUCAACAAAUCAAUUAGGCAUAUGUGAUUCCAAACUACUUUGAUUUUCGAUUUUCUUUUACUAUACUUAUACUAUUACUUUUAUUUUUCUAUGACUAUACGGAGAAUGGUCGCACUGCGCAGCUUUCUGAGUGCCUUUUAGUCACAUACACAUACCCACAUACGGCACAUACUUUGAUUUUCUUUACUAUACGGCGCAAGAGAGAGGUCCGACCACAUACUUUGAUUUUCUUUACUUCUCCGUAUAGUAAGAAAAUCAAAGUAUGUGGUACAAUAUGCACAUUGGUUUUCUACCCAACUUCAGUUCAUUGGACUAAACCGAACGCUAAAAGGGUCGUUUGGACUCAAGUUUGGAGUUAAAAGUGUUAAAGGAGUUAAAGGAACUUGGCAGACCGAACGCAAUGAUGGAGAACUCUUUCUAACUCCAUGGCCUACGUCUAUGCACAUAUGCAGGAAAAGAAAUUUAAAAGUGUGGUUAGGUUUUAUUUAGAAUGGCGAAAUAAAUAAUGGAAUUGAAUAAUGUACAAACUUUGUAUUCAUUCGAAACUGAGUAUAAUGCAGAUUCCGUGGAAUGGUGUCCUCAUGACCCACAUAAAAAUUUGUUUGUUUGUGCUAAUUAUCAAUUAAUAGAAAAUGAAACGUCAGAUAAUUGUACUAAACGAUUGGGAAAAUUAUUACUCUUCUCCAUAGAAACAGAAAAAGGCUUACAAUUACUGCAAACAAUUAAUACCUUAGCAAUAUUGGAUCAAAAAUGGUGCCAUAGAAAAAUUAAUGAUUUCUCUAUACUUGCAGUUGCAAGUACAGAAAGAAAGGUAGAUAUUUAUAAACUUAAUGAAGAAACAGUACAAUUAGAGUUGAUGAAAUCUUAUAAAAUCAACAGUACACCAGAAACAUUAGUUUUGUCUUUAGAUUGGUCAACAGGUAUACAUGUUUUAAAUAAGCCAGAAAUUCUUUGUAGCGAUUCAAAGGGAAAUAUACAUCUGCUUGAAUUAAAUGAUAAUGUAGCUUGGAAGGAAACUUUUCAUGGCCAUGAAUAUGAAGCCUGGAUUGCAGGAUUUUAUUACUGGGAUACCAAUAUUAUUUUUAGUGGCGGAGACGACAGUCUAUUUCUAAAAUUUGAUAGAAGAGUGGGAAAGCAGCCAGUUUCAAAAAAUAAAAGUCAUGAAGCCGGUGUAACCUCUUUUCAUUCCAAUCCAUCUAAAGAAUAUCUCGUAACAAGUGGAAGUUAUGAUGAAAAUGUAAGACUAUGGGAUAUUAGAAAAAUGAAGACAGAAUUAAAUUGUCUCAAAAUGCCUGGAACCCUUUGGCGUUUAAAAUGGGAUCCCUUUCAAAACACAAAAUUACUAGCAGCUUGUAUGCUUGGAGGAGUACAUAUUGUUAAUACCAAUUCUGAUGAAAUGGAAAUUAUUGGAAGUUACUAUGAGCAUAAAAAUAUUGCAUAUGGCUCUGAUUGGUCGUAUCUGGAGGAGAAAAAAUGUGAUGAAUUUGAAGGAUUAGGUCAAUAUAUUAUUAGCUCUUGUUCAUUUUAUGACAGAUUAUUGUGUGUAUCAAAAGUACAUUUACCUAGUUAAUAAAUAACAUAACAUUUGUAUUACUUACUUUAGUUACCUAUUUAUCACAUAGUAUAUUUUUAGUAAGAUAAUAAUGUUAUCUAUGUGUCACAUUUGGUUUUAAGACAAUAAUUGGUUGGUAUCUGUCUUGGAAAAGGGCAUAGCAAAUUAAGAUGUAGAAAAGUAAUUUUUUUUAAAUCACAAGGUUGAUAAAUAAUGUGUUGCUAGUUUUUAUACCCGUUUUUCUCAAAUUUUAAACCAUAUCAAAUAUUUUUUAUUAAAGAAUUGAUUUCAUUUCAAAAAGGCAGAAUAAAAAUUCCUCAAUCUAAUAGCAUAAUCAAUAUUUUGUAAGUCGUCUUAGAGCACCACAGUAAAUAAAAAUAGAAAUGAAGCGAGAAGGUAUUUAAAGUGUGUAAUUAUUGAGUUUUAUUUAAUAAAACUCCAUAAAAUAAUUCGUCUGAGCGCUUUCGGCCUCUUAAGCCAUCAUCAAAGACUUCGUCAAAAAAAUUUUAAACAUCAAAAAAGUAAACUAAAAUAAUAAGGGGCAGCAACUG